CCCGUCCGCGCCCAGCCGCGCUCCGGCCGCCGCGGCCGCGCGUCCUCCGAGCCGGCCGGCAGCUCCCAAGUGCCCGCGGCGGCGGGGGGAGAGGCGCGGCACCCACCGGCCUGGAUUGGCCUCCGGGUCCCCCCGCCUGGGCGGCCGAGUGCGGGCGGCCCGGCUGGGAGGUUUGAAAAGCGGGCGAGAGACAAAGGCAGCAGGAAGCCUCCGCGGCGCCCGGAGCCCGUGCGCGCAGCCCCGGGGCCCCUCGCCGUCCCGCGGCCCGAGCGGCGGCGGCAGCGGCGGGAGGCGGAGAAUGCGGCAGGGAGCGUGGGAGCGGCGGCCGAGCGGGCGCAGCGGUGCACCCCGCGCGCGGCGUGGCUAACCGGGGCGGCGGCGGCCGCGGGCCCGGCAGUGAGUGAGAGGGCGCCGUCCCCGCCCGGGAUGUGAGGACGAGCGGAGCCCGGGGCGGGGGGAGGGCCGGGCAGGGAGGCGCCGCCGCAGGAAGGAAGCGCGGACUCCGGACCCGGAGGAGGAGCGGCGCAGCCGAGCCGGAAGGCGGGCAGGGCUGGCUGUUGGGCCCGUGGCGGCUGCGGCGGCGGCCGGGGCGCUCCGCGCUCGGCGCCCCCGGGCAGCGGCGGCGGGGCCCGCGCCUCCUCCCCCCGGCGCCGCGGAGGGGGGAGGAGGAAGAUGGAGACCCACAUCUCGUGCUUGUUCCCGGAGCUGCUGGCCAUGAUCUUCGGCUACCUGGACGUGCGGGAUAAGGGGCGCGCGGCGCAGGUGUGCACGGCCUGGCGGGACGCCGCCUACCACAAGUCGGUGUGGCGGGGGGUGGAGGCCAAGCUGCACCUGCGCCGGGCCAACCCGUCGCUGUUCCCCAGCCUGCAGGCCCGGGGCAUCCGCCGGGUGCAGAUCCUGAGCCUCCGCCGCAGCCUCAGCUACGUGAUCCAGGGUAUGGCCAACAUCGAGAGUCUCAACCUGAGUGGCUGCUACAACCUCACCGACAACGGGCUGGGCCACGCGUUCGUGCAGGAGAUCGGCUCCCUGCGCGCCCUCAACCUGAGCCUCUGCAAGCAGAUCACCGACAGUAGCCUGGGCCGCAUUGCCCAGUACCUCAAGGGCCUGGAGGUGCUGGAGCUGGGGGGCUGCAGUAACAUUACAAACACCGGCCUCCUGCUGGUCGCCUGGGGCCUGCAGCGCCUCAAGAGCCUUAAUCUCCGCAGCUGCCGCCACCUCUCGGACGUGGGCAUCGGGCACCUGGCGGGCAUGACGCGCAGCGCGGCCGAGGGCUGCCUGGGCCUGGAGCAGCUCACGCUGCAGGACUGCCAGAAGCUCACCGAUCUUUCCCUAAAGCACAUCUCCCGGGGACUGACGGGCCUGAGACUCCUCAACCUCAGCUUCUGCGGGGGCAUCUCGGACGCGGGCCUCCUGCACCUGUCGCACAUGGGCAGCCUGCGCAGCCUUAACCUGCGCUCCUGCGACAACAUCAGCGACACGGGCAUCAUGCAUCUGGCCAUGGGCAGCCUGCGCCUCUCGGGACUGGAUGUGUCGUUCUGUGACAAAGUGGGGGACCAGAGUCUGGCUUACAUAGCACAGGGCCUGGACGGCCUCAAGUCCCUUUCCCUGUGCUCCUGCCACAUAAGUGAUGAUGGCAUCAACCGCAUGGUGCGGCAGAUGCAUGGGCUGCGGACGCUCAACAUCGGACAGUGUGUGCGCAUCACAGACAAGGGCCUAGAGCUGAUUGCCGAGCACCUGAGCCAGCUCACUGGCAUAGACCUGUAUGGCUGUACCCGCAUCACCAAGCGCGGCCUGGAGCGCAUCACGCAGCUGCCCUGCCUCAAGGUACUCAACCUGGGACUCUGGCAGAUGACGGACAGUGAGAAGGUCAGGUGAGGGCGCAGCAUCGCUCCCCUUGUCCCACCCAGUUCAUCCUCCCGUCACCACCACGCCCCCUGUCCCGCUUACACACUGACCCCUGCGGAGAUGCCAUGGGGACAGCGACGCCGCGUUUGGGACUCGUUUCCUCCGCCCUCCUCAGCACCCCUGCCCACUGCACCCCAUUCUCGUUGCCUCCAGGGCCCUUCUGCCAGCCGUGCCGUGCUUCCCAUCUUCUUUCGGGAUGGAGACAUGAACUCAGCUACUUCUGCACCCCUUCUGCAGGGGCCCGGAGGACUGGCUGCGUGGCGGUACCGAGUGGCGUCUGGAGUGGGGGAGGGGUGGGGAGUGACUAGUUCUUUCAGCCCUGGGGGGUGAGGAAAGUGUCUGCCUUCACUUAAGCUUUCAUUUGAAUACUGUGAUCUGGUGGUUAUUUUGAAACGUAUAAGAAGCAAACCCAACCCCAACGGCCUUCUACCCUGCUCCCUCCGUGACCCCGGCUUCUUUCGCAGUGCUGCGCUAUUCACCCUCCGUGCAGGUCCGGGCCCUCGCUCACCUUUCUUAAGAAAUCUGAAAUCAUGGUCCUUUUUUUUUCUGCUGAAUAUAUUCUAUAUAUAUAUUAUAUAUAUAUAUAAAUUAUAUAUAUAUAUAUGUGUCUGGCUACCUCGUUUUAGUUUACUUUUUUCUCUGAAGCCCUGGAAUUCUACAAGAGAGAUAUUUUGAGACUGAAACAUUUUUGUGCCUAGACUGGAAAGAUGCCCAUUGGGUUUGUACAUCUGUUUUGUUCUGGCUUCUUCCCAAACCCCAUCCAUUCCAUGUGUCCGACUUCCACAUUCUGGCUAUAAUUUCCUUUUUCUCCCUGUCCACUGGGAUUUGAGGGCCCAAGGGUGUUCCUAAAUCUUGACUUAAUUUAUAGCACAAUGUGUGGGAGAAGUGAGAGUUAAAUUGUUUUUCUUUUUGUUUGUUUGUUUGAGAUGCAGAUUGUGUCUUGAAAAUGAUUAUUAUAUAUGCAAAUUCUGCCCUACCCUCACCCUCUUCCAACUUUCCCCACAAAAGGGUCACACAAUGAGGCUUCCUGCUGGAAGGAGAGGAGCAGAGGUGGCUAUGGAGCCCCAGGGGCUGUAAUGUGAAGGGGAGGAGAAUGAAAUUCAUGUGUUAUCUCUGUUCUGUUAAUAAAAUGGGAGUUUGUGGGUUUUAAAAAUUUUGUUUCUAAAUGGAGGAAUAAAUGGCUUUAUUUUGGUGGGGGUUGGGACUUGUGGCUUUAAAAAAAAAUUGCUUUUGAGUAGGAUGUAUAUUUUCUCUUGGAGUUCUUGUUUCUUGAAUUUUUUUAGAAUCCUCCACAGCAACAUGCGAGACCAUGGAGUUAAAGAAACCCAGAGACCUUUAUCAAUUAACUGUACUGUUUGUGAAUUUGUAUAAAUAAUAACAAAGAUCCUCUUAAAACGUUUAUAUUCUUACAGUAAAAGGUUAAACUGAUAUUUAUAUAAUAAAAGAGGAAAUAUGAAGUAUGUUUUUGAAAAAAAAACACAAAAAA